AUGUCUUUCGCGUUCGUACCGCGCUCCGUCGGCAGAUCGAAGCCGCGAGGCAGCGUGCCGUCGCCCUCAACCGCGGUGACGACCUCCCGCGGAGCGGCGGUGCAAAGCCCGCAGCCCGCGCUUGGUGCACCCUCCUCGGCCAGCUCUCGGAGCGUCCCGAGCGUCUCUAGCGAGGAUAUCAGCUCACUGGUUUCUUUGGCUCUCUCGGACUAUGCGCUGUGGACAACCCCUGGACUGCGCGAUCCGAACCGUGAUGGAUAUGUUGCCCUGUCCAACGUGAUAUCUUCAUAUCCCGCUUUACAGCACCCCUCGCUCAGUGAAGCCGCCGUGGUAAAAUCACUGCGCCAAUACUCACCCGACGGCUACGAUACCCGGAUGAUCCUCGCCACAGGGCCAAAAGGCGGUCCUCCUGGAGGGUACGAGAUCAGGCGGCACGAUUGGAAGGAAGUCGUUUCUUCCUUCUCUACGUAUUCAAGAAACUCGUGGCAAGCGAAGACCCUGUACGUCGAAAGAUUACCGCACCCGGCGCGUUCACAGCUUGGCAUCUUGCGCCUUUUCAAGGCCCUCUUUCCGAAUACACCCAACCCGCUGCAGACCAUCACCUUCCCGGCGCACCAUCAAGAUCCACCAGGUGCCGUUCCAAAAUGCAAGGGCUUCGCGCUCUUGACCCUCACGAACACAGCCGACCUUGACAAAAUACUGACCGAAUGGCCCUGGACCAGCGAUGAGCCGAGAAUUGUAGAACGAGGACGCGAAGCCAGCGAGGAUCUCGUGGAGGAAGCCCGUCGUGCGGGAAUGCGAGCACUUGCCAAGGCCGACUGGGAUAAGCUGCAAGAUGAAUACCUCGCCUACCGAACGCGCUUGCUGGAUGAGAUUGCGCGCACAGAAGCUGAGGAAGCGGCUGCGCAGACGGGCGCUGAACACCGUACAACACAGCCCAAGAGAAAGAAACGCGUUAGUUCGUCACCACCAGCGCCAGAGCCCGAGCCCGCAGCAGAAGCGUCUACAUCUGCGCCUUCGUUGAAGGCGACUUCCCCAUAUCCGCCUGGAUGCGUUGUACGUGUGAGGAACGUCGUCCCUGCCACGAACAAGACGGCCCUGCGUUCACUAUUUGCUGCGUCCGGCGCGGAAUUAGACUAUGUAGACUUCACGAAGGGGCUUGACUCGUGCCAUUUGCGCGUCGCGUCCUCACCACACGCCCAUAGGCUUGUUGAGCACUUCGCAUCGCAUCCCACGGUCCAGAAGGAUGCGUUGGAUGAUCAAGGCGUGUCGGCUUCUGAGCAUGAGCAACUCAAGCCUUUGGUCGUUGAACUACUAGAUGGAAGGCAAGAGGAGGUAUACUGGGGUCAGGUGCCGGAGAAAGUACGAAAGCAAGCCGUCGCGAAAGCCAUGGCUGCGGCUGGCUUCGCUGUCGGGCCCAAUGCUGGUGGGGAAGGAGAGGAGAGCUCUAAGGGCGCGAGGAAGCGCAGACGCCAAAAGUAG